GUGAGGUGAGGGAGAUAGAGAGAAGGAUUGAUUCCGUGCCCUAUGAAAUGAACCUAUCUUCCCCAAUAUAUUCAUCAUCAUCAGCAUAGUAGUAGUAGGUAACUUGUUUUCUCCUCCUCGAUUUGAUCGUUCCUAGCUCACUAUUUAUUACUACCUCUCUCCAAAACAAAAGAAAAGAAAAGAAAAAAAAACUUGCUUGUUCUCUUGUCUCUCACUCCACUGCUUUUGUAUGGCAGGGGUAUCAGUGGCAGUGCAGAAAAAGGAAGGUAGAGUUUUCAUUGGGAAGGUAAAACCUUUUUUUGGCACCAAUGCUUCACACUAACCCUUCUUCUGUAACUCAACCUUCAUCUCUCUCUCUACAUAUCCCGCGUGCACUCUACUGCUUUCUCACUCCUUCAUAAAAAACCUUGUAUUAUCCACUAGCUAGAGAGACAAAGAGAGAUUCAUUUCUUCAUUAAAUGCUGAAAAUGUGUGGAAAGAGAGAUUAACACUCAUUUUCCAAAGGAAAUCUGUGCAGGCUUUUGCCAGUAGUAGAAUCCAAAAAACCUCUUCACUACUUCUUCAUGUAACUGACUGUAACUAUACAACAUAGCCACCACAAAACACUAUCACUAUUUAUGUUUUUCUGUAAAAAAGCCUGUUACUUUUUUACCAUAAAACCCGGGCGGGUGACCCUUGUGUGAAACAAAAACAUCUUCAAUAUUAAUAUCAUUCAAGUGAGAGAAAGAAAAAUCUGACCUAGAAGGCAAAAAGGGUAAUAAAAAGGAAGUGUUAUUGUGGCUAAGUGAGUGAGUGAGUGAGUAUUAAUUCAAUGGAGGGUAGUUCUAAUGGAAGUUGUUCUUAUGUGAUGGGUGCUUUUGGAGAAAACAGUGGUGGGCUAUGUCCUCCAAUGAUGAUGAUGCCUUUAGUCACUUCAUCUCAUCAUAAUGCUCAUCAUCCAAUAAAUUCCAAUAACAACAAUACUAAUGCAAACAACACAACCGGUCUUUUCCUUCCUAUCCCUAAUUCCACUAACAAUAAUAACAAUCACUACACCAACUGUAAUAACAACACCUCUUCUAUCAUGCUUCAAAAUAACCAUCAAAACACUCCUGGUUUAGGUUACUAUUUCAUGGACAACAUCAACAACCAUGGAAGCUCUUCUUCCUCUUCUUCUUCUGUCAAAUCCAAGAUCAUGGCUCAUCCUCACUAUCACCGUCUCUUGGAAGCCUACAUCAACUGUCAAAAGGUUGGAGCACCAAGUGAAGUGGUGGCAAGGUUAGAAGAAGCAUGUGCAACUGCAGUGAGAAUGGGUGGAGAUGCAGUUGGAUCAGGUUGUUUAGGUGAAGAUCCAGCUCUAGAUCAGUUCAUGGAAGCUUACUGUGAGAUGCUUAUCAAGUAUGAGCAAGAACUUUCCAAACCCUUAAAGGAAGCUAUGCUUUUUCUUCAAAGGAUUGAAGUCCAGUUCAAAAAUCUUACAGUUUCUUCAUCUUCAGAUAAUAUUGCUUGUAGUGAAGGUGGAGAUAGGAAUGGAUCAUCUGAAGAAGAUCAUGUUGAUCUAUACAACAACAUGAUAGAUCCUCAAGCAGAAGACAGGGAAUUAAAGGGUCAGCUUUUGAGAAAAUACAGUGGAUACUUAGGCAGUCUGAAGCAAGAGUUUAUGAAGAAAAGGAAAAAAGGAAAGCUUCCAAAAGAAGCAAGGCAACAAUUGCUUGAAUGGUGGAGCAGACAUUACAAAUGGCCUUACCCAUCUGAAUCACAGAAGCUGGCUCUAGCAGAAUCAACAGGUCUUGAUCAGAAGCAAAUAAACAACUGGUUUAUUAAUCAAAGGAAACGGCACUGGAAGCCUUCAGAGGACAUGCAGUUUGUGGUGAUGGAUCCAAGUCAUCCACACUAUUACAUGGAUAAUGUUCUCACCAAUUCAUAUCCCAUGGAUCUAUCUAACACCAUGCUCUAGUUAUUACCUCAAUUCUUGCUUGUGGUCUUAAAAGUCUUCGUGUUAAUUAACCCUAUUUUACAAUGUUAAAAAAACUGCUAAUAUUAUAUUUAUUAUUAUAUAUUAAUGUGUGUAGAAAUUAAUUAAGCAUUUUGAAUCAUCAACAACUAGCAAAUAAGCUGCUGGUUAUUAGACGGUCCUUUAUGAAGGUACUAAUAUAUGAUUAAAUAAAUUUUAA